AUGGCAGCAGCCUGCGUGCUGGUGCUUCUUGCACUGUUUUCGCUGCCCGCACGAGUGUACGUUAACGUGAGUUCGUGCGGUCGCCAAGUGACCGAGCUCCCGCAGCUCUUGCAGACUGCCGAUGCUGUCAUUGUGCUGCGUCCACUUGCCGGAGCGGAAUGGAGCCUCUUCCCGAGCGACAAGCGGCUUCCACAAGCGCUGAAGAUCUCUCAGCCUGGAGCAGAUUUUAUCGCAGUCAAUUUUAAGCAGCUCAACUUGCUGUCCGGAGACAAGGUCAUGGUUCGCGAUCCCAACGGCUCGAUGUCAAUCACUGUCACCCCUGCAAACGCCACCGCGAUCGUCGAGGAAACUACGAGCAGCAAAGGCUCACCUCAUUCACUGUUGGUACGAACUCACCCCUUCUUGCUGAGAGGCGACACCGUGGUGGUCGAGUACGUUCCUAGCAUUAUGACGCUUAUGCUGCCGAUGGUCCGAAGCCUGCACGACAAGCCCGUCGUGGUGAUGGACUCGUACGCGUUCAUCAAGUACGGGCCUAGGUCUGGAACGUCAAUAGCUGGAGUUGAUACGGAAAGCACGGUCGGAGCUACGGACGAAGCCAAGGAAGCCAUUUGCUAUCGCAAAAGUCAGCCACAAAUGUAUGCGAAGGCCCGUGCAGUAGCGCGAUUGAUGAUCCGCACUGAGUCACAACAGAAGACUUCAGCCACCUCUGGCCAAGUAACCAGUUGGGCGUUUUGCACGGGCUGGCUCAUAGGACGAGGAAACCACUUGAUCACCAACCAACACUGCAUGAAAGACGCGGCUGUAGUCGAAGGCAGUGAAGGACCUUCACUUUUCGGGAAGAAAACAAGCACUGAGUUUCUGCCGCGUGUUGUCAACCAGAUUUGGCCUUACGCUACUUCUCCACCGAACAAAACUGGUCGCGUCGUGGAGGCAGUGGUCGGCUUCAUGGCCGAAACCAAGACGUGUCGGGAGGCGGGAUACAUGGGCGAAAAAGUUGGCGUUGUGGAGGCCACCCGCGUCGCAGUGGUGACGGAGAAUCCGGAUCUGGACUACGCUCUACUGCGGGUGCUUCCGAACAACUCGACUGCAGACCUGGGGCGGCGUUAUGGAUACCUGCGGCUCCGUGCUGCAGGCCCCACGGACGGGGAAACCAUUUACAUCCCCCAACACCCGCGUGGUGAGCCCAAGGAGAUUGCUGCCAUCAAAGAUGGGAAGCCCGCGAUUAUAGAGGUGGCGACCACAAGCUCGGGGGACUCUUCUCUGUAUCUUCGUCGUGAUAGCGACACAAGCAACGUCCAACCAACGGUGUGGUACAAUGCCGACACGGAGCCCGGAUCGUCAGGCUCGCCCGUGCUGAGUCGUAAAGACAACACCGUCGUGGCGCUGCACCGCGCUGGAAGCUCUGAGACCUCCCAAUCGGCGUCUUCGGAGCUUUUCAACAUGGGAGUGCGUAUCGACUUGAUCGCACGCGACCUGCAGCAACGCAACGUGCUGCCCCAAUGCGCUGGUGUGCCGUAA